GAGUCAAUCCAGUUGUCUGACUUACACAGGAGCGCAGUGGACCAGGCCUUGAAGAGUGAGAAUGGACACCUGGACCUGUUCCUCCGCUUCCUUCUGGGUCUCUCACUGGAGUCCAAUCAGAAUUUGUUACGAGGCCUUCUGACACAGACAGGAAGUACAACACAGACCAAUGAGGAAACAGUUGAGAGAACAGUCAGGUACCUUUCAGACAACAUCGAAAGGGAAUCCUCACCAGAAAGGAUCAUCAACUUGUUCCACUGUCUGAAUGAACUUGGUGCCAACUCUCUAGUUGAAGACAUGCAGACCUCCUUGCAUUCAGGAACUCUUUCAGAAAUAAAACUAAAACCUGACCAAUGUUCAGCCCUGGCCUACCUGUUACUGAUGUCAGAGGAUGUGUUGGAGAAGUUUAAACUGAAGAGAUACAACACAUCAGAGAAAGGUUAUCAGAGGUUAAUGCCGGUAGUGAAAACCUGCAAGAGAGCACUACUGGAUGGCUGUAAACUCUCAUAUAAAUCCUGUGAGACUCUGGCCUCAAUUCACCAGACACCAAACUGUCCUCUGAGAGAACUGGACCUCAGCUACAAUGACCUGGGAGACAGAGGAGUGGAGCUGCUCUGUGUUGGACUAACCAAUCCACUCUGCAACAUACAGACACUAGUACUGUCUGGCUGUAACCUCACAUAUGAAUCCUGUGAGAUUCUGGCCUCAGCUCUGCAGACACCAAACUCCCCMCUGAGAGAACUGGACCUCAGCUACAAUGACCUGGGAGACAGAGGAGUGGAGCUGCUCUGUGUUGGACUAACCAGUCCACUCUGCAACAUACASACACUAGAGUGAGUUACAUAUCUUCAGUAUGAGUUAUUAUGUGGAUG